AUGACUUGUAAAGACAGGCCUCAAGUCCUUUUGAUCAUUUUCACAAUCUUGAGCUGUUCUCUUACAGCUUCUGCUACUGUUUCAGAAGCUAAUGCUCUUCUAAAAUGGAAGUCAACUUUCACAAACCAGACAAGAUCUUCGAAGCUCUCUUCUUGGGUCAACCCAAACAGCUUCUGUACAACUUGGUACGGUGUUUCUUGCGUACGAGAUAGCGUCGUACGGCUAAAUCUUACCAAUACUGGUAUCGAAGGUACUUUCCAAGAUUUUCCUUUCUCGUCUCUCCCAAAUCUCACUUACGUUGAUCUUAGCAUGAACCGUUUCUCUGGAACCAUCCCUCUUCAAUUCGGACAAUUCCCCAAACUCAUCUACUUCGAUUUGUCCAUUAACCAAUUAGUUGGUGAAAUCCCACGUGAGCUUGGUAAUCUAAGUAACCUAGAAACUCUCCAUCUUGUAGAAAACAAGUUAAAUGGAUCGAUUCCAUCUGAAAUCGGUUUGUUAACUAAGGUUCAAGAAAUAGCCUUGUAUGACAAUCUCUUAACCGGACCAAUACCUUCUUCUUUUGGAAACCUAACCAAACUAGCUAACCUUUACCUCUUUAUCAAUACUCUCUCUGGUCCGAUCCCUCCUGAAAUCGGAAACUUGCCAAACCUUAAAGAGCUAUGCCUUGAUAGAAACCACCUAACCGGUCAAAUCCCUGCCAGUUUCGGAAACUUGAAGAAUGUAACACUUCUCAACAUGUUUGAGAACAGGCUCACUGGUGAAAUCCCUCUUGAGAUUGGUAAUAUGACCAAUUUAGAUACCCUUAGCCUCCACACAAAUAACCUUACCGGUUCGAUUCCUUCUACUUUAGGAAACCUCAAAAGCUUAGCCAUUCUUCAUCUUUACGCGAAUAAGCUUAAUGGUUCUAUUCCUAAGGAAUUAGGAGACAUGGAAUCAAUGAUUGAUUUGGAGAUAAGUGAGAACAAACUCACUGGUCCUGUUCCUAAUUCGUUUGGCAAGUUAUCUAAGCUUGAGUGGCUAUUCCUCCGUGAUAACCAGCUCUCUGGCCCGAUCCCGCCGGGUAUCGCAAACUCUUCGGCGCUAACCGUCCUGCAACUCGACACCAACAACUUCACCGGCGUCUUGCCUGAUACCAUCUGUAGCGGCGGCAAGCUCGAGAAUCUCACGCUUGAUGAUAAUCACCUCGAAGGUACCAUUCCUAAAAGCUUGAGAGAUUGUAAGACCUUGAUCAGAGCAAGGUUCAAAGGGAAUAGUUUCUCUGGAGAUAUCUCAGAGGCUUUCGGAGAGUACCCGAAUCUCAACUUCAUUGAUCUCAGCAACAACAAGUUCCACGGAGAGAUUUCACCGAGGUGGGAGAAAAGUCGAAAGCUGGUCGCGUUCAUCGCGACUAACAACAACAUCACCGGUCCUAUCCCGCCGGAGAUUUGGAACAUGACACAGGUAAGCCAGCUCGACCUAUCGUCCAACAGAAUUUCCGGCGAGCUCCCGGAAUCAAUCAGCAGACUCAACCGUUUGUCGAAACUACAACUAAACGCUAAUCGGCUAUCCGGAAGAAUCCCUUCAGGGAUCAGACUCUUAGCUACUCUUGAGUAUCUUGAUCUCUCCUCAAACAGCUUCAGCUUUGAGAUUCCGGCGACACUCGACUCCUUGCCAAGGCUUUACUACAUGAACUUGAGCAGAAACGAGCUGGAUCAAAACAUCCCCAUGGCUUUAACAAAGCUUUCUCAGCUACAAACUCUUGAUCUCAGCCACAACCAGCUCGACGGAGAGAUCCCAUCACAGUUCAGCUCUUUACAGAACCUAGAGACACUCGACCUUUCACACAACAAUCUCUCAGGUCCGAUUCCAGAAAGUUUCAGAGACUUGCUUGCGCUAACGCACAUCGACAUAUCACACAACAAUCUCUCAGGUCCGAUUCCAGAUACGACAGCGUUUCGAAACGCAGCUCGAGAUUCAUUAGAAGGCAACAGAGGCUUAUGUGGUAACACAACACAAGGCUUGAAUCCAUGUCCGAUGAGUUCCUCAGGGAAGAAGAAAUCAAACAAGGACAGAAACCUGAUCAUCUACAUACUAGUCCCAAUCGCCGGAGCAAUCAUAAUCCUCUCAGUCUGCGCCGGAAUAUUCAUUUGCUUCCGUAAGAGAAAGCCCCAAAUCGAAGAGAAUUCAGAUUCAGAAUCCGCAGAAACGUUAUCGAUCUUUAGCUUCGAUGGUAAAGUAAGAUACCAGGAAAUCAUCAAAGCUACAGGAGAAUUCGACUCAAAACACCUAAUCGGAACCGGAGGAUGCGGCAAAGUCUACAAAGCAAAGCUCUCGACGGUAACGAUGGCGGUGAAAAAGCUAAACGAGACAACGGACGAAGAAAUCUCGAAACCGGCAGUGAAACAAGAUUUCCUUAAUGAGAUCAGAGCACUUACGGAGAUCCGUCACCGUAACGUCGUGAAGCUCUUCGGAUUCUGCUCGCAUCGGCGCAACACUUUUCUGGUGUACGAAUACAUGGAGAGAGGGAGUUUGAGGAAAGUACUGUCGAACAAUGAAGAAGCGCAGAUUUUGGAUUGGAGUAGAAGGAUCAAGGUGGUGAAAGGUGUGGCUCAUGCUUUGUCGUAUAUGCAUCAUGAUCGGUCUCCGCCAAUUGUUCACCGUGAUAUUACCAGUGGAAACAUUCUUCUCGACGGAGAUUAUGAAGCCAAGAUCUCCGAUUUCGGUACUGCGAAGCUUCUCAAGCCCGAUUCUUCGAAUUGGUCCGCCGUUGCUGGAACCUACGGCUACGUUGCUCCAGGUAUCUUCUUCUUUUUACCCCGUUAG